UCAGCGACUUAUAGCAGGACUGUGGGACUGUGGUGGGCAUUCUGACACUGGGGGGAACUGACUUGGUGUCACUGACAUCCCCAGUGACACCAAUACAGUGAUCAGUGCUAAAAAAAUGCACUGACACUGUACUAAUGGCACUGGGCAUGAAGGGGUUAACAUGAGGGGCCAUCAAAGGGUUAACUGGGUGGUGUGUUGGUGCUUUACUGUUAUCACACUGCUCUGGAUGGCUGUGCUGUGCUCUGUACAGCCAUCCAGAGCAGUGUGUCCGAGCCACCAGGGAGGGGGACUGUUAGUAAACAAAGCAGCCCUCCUCCCCGUCGAAGAUCCUCGG